CAAGCCGACGAACUAUAAAUUAUAAUUUUGGCAGCAACCCUUCUAGUCGACUCACGUUACUAGAUUUGCGAUGAGUUUUGUCUAUCUCCACGAGAAACAAAUUGACGAUAGAAAAUAGAAGCACUCAUCGAAAAAUCUAAUUAAUUUUCGCACCUCUUCAGCAUUUCACUUUUUUAUUUAUCAGCACUUGAAUCUUCAAACGACAAUUAUCCGCUGUGUUAAAUCGGUUGAAAUAAUCACUUGAAAAUACGAAGAAUAUUUUAUAACAAUUACCCCACGUGAAAAUCAGAUCUAAAAUCAACGAAUUUUACUACUUCGCUCUUAUUAAAGCCAUAUUGAUAAGGUGAUAUUCCAUAAUAUUAUCCAAAACGGCGGCAAUAACAAACGACGAUAUCUCUGAAUUGAAGUUAGUGAGAGCACUUUUACGAGGCAGUGAACUGGAAUUCGCAACGUGAGAAAUACAUACGAAUUAUGUGCUCGACAGUUAAUGGCGAUUUACAAUCGGAAUCUACUGCAUCGAAACCCAAAUAUUCGAUAAUUGAUUUGAUCGGCGAAUGGGGACCAUGGCAACGACGAACAGUCUUCCUUAUAUUUUUGUGCAAAAUCCCAGCCGCUUGGUUUAUGGCGUGUAUCAUUUUUACUGCUCCGUUUGCCAAAUACGGUGAAUUUUUUUGCCAGCAACCGAAUACGGGAUUAACACCAGCAAAUCACACCGAAUGGAUAAACAUUGCUCAUCCUACGACGCAAGACGAUCAAUUCGACUUUUGCCGCGUUUAUAAAAAUCGAUCGGAGGCACUUUUGGAAUGGCAACAGCAGCAGCAGCAGCGACUAAUUGUCUCAAGCACAUCAGACACGCAAAAUUGCGACACAUUCGAACAUUUUUCCGUGUUCGAUUCCCUGGUCACACAAUUCGAUUUAAUUUGCUCACGGACCAUUCUGAUUGCUGUGACACAAUUCUUCCAUUUGUGUGGAGUUCUCUGUGGAGGAAUCCUAGCAACAAAAUUACUUGAUUUCGUUAGCCCACGAAAUGUCAUGCUCAUUGGAAUGUUGACGCAAAUUAUUUCCGGGUGUUUAACUGGGCUCAUCAACAAUUUUAGUUUACACGUUUUCUUCCGAUAUUUGGCCGCUGUUUGCUGUGCUUUGAUGUACACACCAGGUGUGGUGAUCUUUUCCGAUAUAACGGGUGGAAAAUAUCGAAAAUCGGUGAUCUGUUUAUUUGAAUCGUUCUGGGGCAUUGGCGUCAUAUUGUUGCCGCUCAUCGCAAACUUAUUGCCAUCAUGGUCAUGGACAUCGAUUUAUCUUGCCAUUUCGCUGCCGACCGUUGCAUAUAUUUUAGUCUGGUUUUGGAUUCCCGAUUCGCCCAAAUGGCUUCUUGCGCAUGGUGAAAUAAGUGCGGCAAAAAAUUGCCUCUUCUAUGCAAUGCGAGUCAAUAAACGAACUUCCCGUUUGCCAUCGAAUUUUGACAGUUUCCUUCAGCUCGAGGCGGUCACAUAUUCAAAGGCCCCAAAACCAGAGAACUGGACAACGUUGUGGUCGACGAAAACGCAAAUCAUCAUGAUGAUUGCGUUGCACAGCGCUUGGGCCGUUGAUGUAACAAAUUAUAAUGGGAUGCUUUUGAAUAUUCGCGUUUUUGGUCGAAAUUAUCUGAUUAUAAACACCGUUGUGUGUGGAUGUUGUGAGAUAAUUGGUGUUCUAACUGCAUGGUUUAUCGUUAUGAACGCUAACAACCACAAAUUUCUAUGUUCUGGCCUAUUUAAUGUGAUUGCAGGUAUUUUGAGUUUUCUCGGAUUCACUUUUCCCAGCACACUUUCGGAAACCACAUACGUAGCGCUUGGUAUGACAUUGGCAAUGAUUUCAAAAAUAGCAACAACUUGUUCGCAGGCAGUUUUAUUUACGUGUACAAGUGAACUGGUGCCAACGACAAGGCAAAAAAUAUGCAUGUUUUCGUGUGUGGUAUGGGCACGCAUAUGGCUACUAACGGCACCGUUCGUUGGUGCUUUAACAUUUGUGCAUAAUCUAUUUCCGUUGGCUGCGUUCGGGCUAAUUGAAUUGUGUGGCGGCAUUUGCUCCUGUGUCAUCGAUCGGAUACACAACGCAUCGUUGGCAAAAAUCGACAAAAACGCAAAUGAAGUAUUUAAAGACAAUCAAGGAGUUACAACGACCCAUAUGUGAUUUUCUUUCACACGAGAUUUCAAUCGAAACGUUUAGAUUUUAAGUCAACAUAACAUGGAUUAGGUUAAUCUGCUUUAAUACUUUGAUGAUAAUAUUUGACUAAUAAAUUGACAAUCAAUUCAUCUACAAUUUCA